CUGAACGACAACCUGGAAGUACAAACUACGUCAGUAAGUCGUUGAUUUCACGUUCACAUUGGAUUAGAUUUAAAAUGUUUAAUAAAAAGCCUCGCAGAAAUUUCAGACAAAGGAAAAAUGAAUCCAGCGAUGAAGAUGAGAAUGAAAAGCACAGCGGUGGUGAUGCCGGAAAGGAAACGGAGAAAGCGGAUUCAAAAGCGGAUUUGCCGCGAAAGAACGUUUGUCCGAAGGCUCGCGAGUGCGACUCUAGUGACGCUGAGGAGCGCUCAGUCACCGCACUCCAGUCCAAAGACACAAAACACCAGUCAAAGAACAAUACACUCAGCUUUCUGGAUGAAAAAGACUCCACCGAGGAAAGGUUUACAGUGAAACGUUCAGUCAACAGUGAAGUUGUGUUCCAGGCUCGGAAGAAAGAAGGUCCUCCUGCACCGUUAACAGGCUAUCAGGUUAAGGAGAGUAAGGAUGUCAGUGUGGAAUCUGACAGUGAUUCUGAUUCCUCGUUUGAAGACAUUCCUCCUGACAGCGAUGAAGGAAGCUUUUCUACCAUGUCGAGUUCAUCUGGUUCUUCAAAACCACAAAAAGUCAUCAUUCCUGAUGCAAAAAAGAUUCAUGCUGCCAAAGAGAAAAGGAGACAAGCCAGAGCCCAGCAAGAUUACAUUUCACUGGAUUCACCCUGCACUCCUGGAAGCCUACAGGAAGAAGAUCCGAGCAAUGGAGAACAAGACGGUGACAAUGAGCUGGACGAUCAUGAGCGCAGAAUCGACUUUGCACCCAAACCUAAGACUCUGAGAGAGCGAAUGGCUGAGAAGAUGGGGAGUGAUAGUGAUGAGAGUUUUUCUGACAGCCAGGAAGAGGAAGACCAGCAGAUUUGGGAAGAACAGCAAAUUGGAAAAGGAGUCAAAAGACACCAAAAGGAGUGGCAGGCUCCAAGACCUGCCCGACAGAAGAAAAUGGACAUCCCCGAAACACUUCCACCAGUCAGCAUUGAUGUCAUUAAGAAGAGAAUCGUUGUAAAAUUAGAUUCACUGAGGGAGGUGCACCGGGCGCGGGAAGCAGAGCUGAGGAGGAUGCAGCUGGAUAUGGAAAUGGCCAAGAGCUCAUUGGAGAGCCUUGAAAACCAUGCUGUAGAUGAGCAGCUGCGGUUCUACCGUACCAUGAAUGUCUUCUCACGAAACCUUCUGGAAUGCCUGUCUGAGAAGAUGGCUUUAAUAAACUCUGUUGAGUUGGACAUGCACAGUCUCUAUAUUGACCAGGCAGAGGCGCUGAUGAGUCAGAGAAGAGAAGCACUACAGGAGGAGUCUUCACAGAUUCAGAAGUUAACCUAUAACACUGAUUCACACAGCAAUGGUGACACAACAGGAGUCUCUAACCCAAUUUGGCAGAGCUUGUCUGAAGAAGACAUUGGGUGUGUGCCGUGUGACUGGGAACCGACGGCUGAGCAGCAGGCAGAGCUACUAAGUAAAAGAGAUAAUCUACUGAAAAAGGCACAGGAAGUGUUUGCAGAUGUUCAAUCGGACUUCUGGGAUGUGAAAAAAAUCCUCUCUAGAUUUGAUGAGUGGCGUGUCUCCUUUCAGGAAUCUUACAGUAAUGCAUACAUUGGCCUAUGCAUCCCAAAACUCCUGGCACCACUGAUCCGACACCAGCUUAUUGGCUGGAAUCCUCUUCAGGCAGAUGAAGACUUUGAGGCAUUGCCGUGGUAUUCUGCUGUUGAGAGGUUCUGUCACGGUCAGGGUUAUGAGGAAUCGGAGAACAUGGAUAAGACAACACUGCCUUCCAUAAUUGAGAAGACAAUCCUCUCUAAAGUUCAAGGUUUCGUGGAGCUGGUGUGGGACCCUCUUUCUGCACAGCAGUCUCAAACCCUCACGACACUUUGUAAGAGAAUACAGGAUGAUUAUUCUGUAUUUGAUGGUGAACAAAGCAAACCUGUCAAGGCUUUUGUAGAAGCAGUUAUCCAGAGGUUAAGGAGUGCAGUAGACAAUGACAUCUUUCUCCCGCUGUACCCAAAAAAGUUUUUAGAGGAUAAACGGUCCCCACAGUUCCUGUUUCAGAACAAACAGUUUUGGUCAGCAGUGAAGUUGCUUGGUAACAUGGCAUUAUGGGAUGCUUUGAUUCCUGAACAUAUUCUCAAAGAGCUGAUGUUGGAGAAACUUCUCAACCGUUACUUGAUGAUAACUGUUCUUAACGAAUCCGAUCCAAAACACACCAUCCAGAAAUGCAAAAAGAUUGCAGGUUGUUUUCCAGAAUCAUGGUUUACUGAUGUGAACACUGGAUCGUCGCUACCUCAGCUGCAGAACUUCAGCAAACAUCUUCUUCAGACCGCUCAUGCCUUAUUUAAGCACAACAGUGACACCAGCAGCACUCGGACACUUUUAUCUGAUGUGCUGUUUGUCCUGAAGAACAUAAAGGCACAUGACAGUAUUAGGACUAUAACAGAAAAGUAUCAUUGUGAGGAUCUGUUAAAAACUCUCCAGUAGCAGCCAUCUUGUGUCGGCAGCAUGUUUUUGUAUGUUUUUAAGGUGUGAAGUCACUUUGAUAUAUGUAUGUGGAGUGAAUAAAAUGUUUUAUUUUGGUCCACAUGGUUUUCAUUUUCCUUUACCUUGGUCCGAACUGUAAUUUAUUCCUGUCAGGAAAAAAUGAAAUAUUUUACUAUUCCUAAAUGUCGUUAUUUUUAUGAAAUGAUAUAUGGUUCUCAUUGUACUUGUUUAUGCAUGCCUCAUAUAUUAUGGUCUAACAAAUCUGGAACGUAUGUCCCAAAGGAGCUGUUUCCUGGAGUUGGAAUAAUUCUUGCCUUGGAUCAAAUAUUACUGGCUUAGACCAAGACGUACCAUUCAGAGUAACCAUGAAUGGGAGAAUUCCUGUUGUGAAGUAACUCGGCCUUCCAAGAAAAUACUCUCACAGAUGUUUGAAACUGAAAAGCUAUUCUGCCAUCAGUAUAACUGAUGUCCAUCAGCUGGAAAAAAAAGUUUUCAGAAAGUGAUUACAAAUAUAUAGUUUCUCUGUGCAUUUAUUGUUAUGGAUGUAGUGUGGACUCUGCUAUGCUUUAAUAGUAAGAAUGUUUUUUAUAACUAUAUCUUUGUCACUAUGGUCCUUGGUGUGAAUGAGACAUUAAAAGGCAACUCCACCCUUUACACCCUCAUGCCUCCCAUAUGUACAGUAUGUACUUUGUACUAUAGUAUGUACUGUAAUGUAUGUGCUUAUUCAUCAGAUGCACACAAAGAUGGAUUUUCAGGGGGGAAAAUCUCUCUGCCUAUAAUGCAAGUGCACAGUAGGCUUCUUCCAUAGAUGAUGCUUCCCAAAACUACAACGUGAUAAACUUUUUAAAUUUUUUUUUACUUAACUGUAAUAUGCUUUUUUUCCAAUUUAAAGUCAGAAAUUUCAAUGAUGAAUGUUAUAACAACAUGCAAAAACAAACAUCACUGGUUCUCACGUCAAACAUGCAUGUUUAAACUACCGUUUUCCAUAAAUGCAAUGGAAGAGAAUAAAAUGCUUUUUGUGCAAAUUCACUUCGCAGUGAGAAGAUAA